AUGGAGGUAGACCGAGCAAACUCCUCACUUUUUACCACCGAAAUUGAGCAGGCUGCUCCCCCGAAACGAUUCUCAACGCCCUCUUUCACAUGCUUCAAAGGGGAUUCCGAUCCUGAAAGUCAUCUGAAGCAUUUCAAAAGCGUUAUGAUCCUCCACAAGGUUGAAGACGCAUUAAUGUGCAAAGUGUUGGCAAUGACUUUGCUAGGAGCAGCUCAGGACUGUUUCUACACCCUGCCAUUCGGGUCGAUCAGCAGCUUCAAGGAGCGUGCUUAUGUCUUCACCAAGGAAUACACUUCUUACCAGACGAUUAAGAAGAACCCUGACCAUCUGUUCAACUUGCACAAGAAGUCCGACGAAUCCCUCCGAGACUACAUCAAGAGGUUCAAGGCGGAGAGGGCAAAAAUCGUAGGAUGUGAUGACCAAGUUGCAUCCUCUGCCUUCAAGAGGGGUUUGCCAACUGAGUGUGAGCUGUAUGGUGAGCUGACCAUCUCUCCCUGCCAAACAUUGGUAGAAGUUUUCGCAACAGCAGAGCACUACGCACUUUGGGAUGACGACCGAAUUGCCGCAAAGAAGGCUGCCAAGCAAGCCGAUCAACUGGCUGAGCAGGCAAGCCAAAGGAACGGCAACAACAAGGAUGAAGGCAAGCGCAGAUCACAGCCUGAAGGAGGUACUCCAGCAACUGAGAGCUACACCAAGUUCACUAUCCUGAUUCACCAGAUCCUAGCCCAAGGAAGGGACAUGCCUUGGUUGAAGAAACCAUCGCCUUUGAAGGGAAACCCAGCCAAGAAAGAUACCAGUAGAUAUUGCGCAUGA